UGCUGCGCCGUUGCGCUUGCAAGUUAGUUGCUCCUUGCUCGGCUCCCUGCGCGCGCGCCUCUCGCCUCUUUCUCCAACCUCCUCCUCCUCCUUCGAGAGAAAGCCCGGUGCUUUGCCGUUUCUGCAGGCUCAGCAUCAUCUCGCCCCCUUUCCCCCCAAAGCAAAAGAAAAAGGGGGGAAGAAAAAGAAGAAAAAGCCGGCUCUGAAGAAGUUUGAGCAGCCUCAGCAAGUCAAGUGCAGCAUCGGAAAGAGGAGGCGGAGAAGACGACCCGGCGUUUGCUGGAGCGAUGAGAACUUUUGCCGUCCUGCUGUGCAUCGCUCUCGCCUCUUGCGCGUCCCGGGAGGACGCCUUGCAAGCGGAGAGGGACCCCCAAGGAGAUGUUGGCAUUUCUCAGCUGCUAAAGCCAGAAGAACCACCGAAAGUUCUCAAGCUGCCGGUGAAAUUCAAUGUCCGCACUUCUAGGGACCUAGAAGACAAAGGCUGCUACCUCACUAUGGGCCAAGACCAGCAUUUGGAAGAUUGCAAGUUUAACGUCUCUGCUAAAAGCUUCUUCGUUAUUCAUGGAUGGGCAAUGACUGGCAUGUUUGAGACGUGGCUGGGGAGCUUGGUGUCGGCUCUGCAGGAGCGAGAGAAGGACGCCAACGUGGUGGUGGUCGAUUGGCUCCCUCUUGCCCACCAGCUGUACACGGAUGCUGUGAACUACACCCGAGUGGUUGGAAAGGAACUGGCCAAGCUGCUUAAUUGGUUGCAGGAGAAAGAGCGCUUCCAGCUCCAAAACGUCCACCUGAUUGGCUACAGCCUCGGGGCCCACGUUGCUGGCUAUGCUGGGAACUAUGCUAGUGGAACAAUUGGCAGAAUUACAGGCUUGGAUCCAGCCGGCCCGAUGUUCGAAGGAGUCGACGCUAGCCGACGCCUCUCUCCUGACGAUGCAGACUUUGUGGAUGUCUUGCACACAUACACGAGGGAAACUCUGGGGGUCAGCAUUGGGAUCAAGAUGCCCGUGGGUCACAUUGACAUCUACCCGAAUGGAGGAGACGUCCAGCCAGGCUGUGGCUUGAGUGACGUCUUGGGGUCCCUUGCCUACGGAAAUAUCGGGGAGGCUGUGAGGUGCGAACACGAGCGGUCCGUGCACCUCUUUGUGGACUCCCUUGUGAACAAGGAUAAGCAGAGCUUUGCCUUCCAGUGCACGGACUCAAGCCGCUUCCGGAAGGGCAUCUGCCUGAGCUGCCGCAAGAACCGCUGCAACGGCAUUGGCUACAACGCCAAGAAGAUGAGGAACAAGAGGAACACCAAGAUGUACUUGAAGACGCGGGCCGACAUGCCUUUCAAAGUUUUCCACUACCAAAUGAAAAUGCAUGUCUUCAGCUACAAAAGCAUGGGAGAGACAGAGCCUACUUUCUCCGUUACGCUGCACGGCACCAGUGGGGACUCCCAGCCCCUGCCUCUGGAAGUGUAUGAGCAGAUUGGCUUGAACUACACAAACACCUUCCUUGUCUAUACUGAAGAAGAUGUUGGCGAUGUCUUGAAGAUCAAGCUCACCUGGGAAGGUUCCACUCAGUCCUGGUACAGCUUGUGGAGAGAGCUGAAAAUGUACUGGACUCGGCCUGAGAAUUCGUCCAAGGAGCUCCAGAUCAGGCGGAUCCGUGUGAAAUCUGGUGAAACUCAGCAGAAGCUCACCUUUUGUGCAGAAGACCCCCAGAAGACCAACAUAUCUCCUGGCGAAGAACUCUGGUUCAUAAAAUGUCGAGAUGGGUGGCAAAAGAGGAACCAAACAACAUCAGUAUGAAGCAUGCACUGAAAUGUCCUUCUUGGAUGACGUUCUUCAUUCAUCCAGGACCUAACCAGCCAACUCAACUGGAGAAGGCAACUGCAGAAGACAAGCUCUGGGUGAAAAGAUGUUGCUGCAAACUCUUUUUCUUUCUUGCUAGCACUUGCAACAGUUUGCUGUUUCAGGAUGGAUGUCCUCGUUGCCAAGAACUGUGAUGACAUGGACAUUAUUUCUAGAAAAAUCAGAGCAUCACAUAUUUAUGGCUUCAGUGGCUACCCUUAAUAAUUCCCUCCAACUCCCAAGAGCCUGUUACUAAACUUAUCCUUCUUUGGGAGAGUCCUUAGGCACCUAAACCUCUUUAUCCUGAUGAGUUUUCAUGUGCAAGCUCUUCCUUUGCACCAUACUUUUCUAUAGGCUGGUCUUUGUAUUUGGACCAAACAUGUGGCCAAGAGUCUUGGAGGCUGUAUUAUUUCAGACUGCAGGAAUUGGGGCGCACAUUUUUUGUCUCCUUUCCUCAAAUCAAAAUCUGCCUGUUUGUUCAAAACUAUAAGGGCUGGAAGACCUGUUUCUAGCACAUCUGUACUAGUUUUCAACAUGCAGGAGGAUUUAUAUGUGGGACAGACAUUCAGGCGUAUCUUCCCACUAGACACACAUGCAGUGUGAAAUGGUAUAAUGGCAGGAAUGUUGUGCCAUGUGGCACUUUAAAUGUUUUGUUGGAAUCCGCCCAGAGUGGCUGGGGUAUAAAUAAUAAAUUAUUAUUCUUAUUAUUUUAUUUCCUGAAUAUUCGGAUUGGCCCUGCCUAGAGCGUAUGGAAGUUGAAACAUUAAUGUGACGGACACUGUGUGUUGAUUCUCAGCCGUAGUUUUUACUAUUGUGCGGUGUUUUGUUGAGAGGGAAGCACCCAAGCCGAUCUUAAAAAUUUCAUGCAUUGUUUGUAUAUCAUAAGAUGAGGGGCUUGAAUUUCUCCAGGUGAUUGUCUACACUGCCAUGUGGGAGAGCAUUGCGCAUACAGGAAGCAAAUUCCCACCACUGUGAUGGUGACUGCCAUUCCCCCCCCCCUCCAGCUCACACAAUUAGAGGAGUUUGAAAGUAUGAGCCAGCUUUUUGAGUACCUGAACCACUGAGUGAAUAGUGCUUAGGUAUCUACAUUUAGCAAGGAAAGAGAGGGGGGGGGAUUACAACUACCUCCGUUCCAUUUAAGUAAAAAUAAUAAUCCCCAAAUAACUUAUCAUUAAUCACUUCACCCUGCACUCACACACUAAAAACGAUGUCCCUGAAAUGCAUAUAUACAGUAUAUGUAUUUCAAAACAAACUAGCAUUCUAAACAAGCUUUGGUUUUGUGAUGCAACAAAUGCAUUGCAGCAAAAUGUUGUUGUGUACCCCUGUAUAAGAAUUCCAGCCAUCCCUGCCUCCAUUCCAUAACCCCUCUUUGGUUUUCCAUUCCACCCUCAACAGAUGCUCAACAUUCUGUUGUCACUGGGCAUGUUCCAUCCUUAUUGGGUCUUGAAGCCCUGUGCCUUGAUAAUCUCCCUGCCUGUUGUGAAUCUCACUACUUUGGCCCAUCUAUGGAUCACUCCUUGGAGAAUGAGUUCACUGUUACAAAAGAAUAGGCAGUUAUUCAACUUGCGGCCAGUUUCAUGCUUUUUUAGGUCAUGUCCUUUAAAACUCAGCCAUCCCCAAGCUGCAAGACUGUUAACAGAACUGCAAGGAUGCUGGGAGAGAUUGAUUCAAUAGCUACAGAGGCUACGGCAAAGUACCCACCCAAAGCAUGCGCCCAACGAAAGAGGUGACUCGCUACAUCUCUGUGACUUAGCACAAUGGUAGCCUCCUCCCCAGUCAGCUACACACAAGCAAUCAAUUAAAUAUGAUUGCAAGAUUCAAUCAUGCACAUUUUCAAACACACACACACGUAGGGUUGCCAUAUUUCAAAAAGUAAAAACCAGGGCACCCCGAAAGUUGUUGAGCUUUUUUGCCGAUACGCUUUCCUAAGAUCCACAACAAAACACAGCCUUUCGGAAAUUCCUAGGCAUAUGGCAGCCCUACACACACACACACACACACACACACACACACACACACAAACACGUAUUUGAAAAUGAGUGCAGUGUACCUCCAAUUGCAAAACAAGUGCCUUGGCCAUAAAAAAUGUUUGUGAAAUGUACGUACAAAUAUGCUACUACAGAAUCACCCAGUUGGAAGCACACUGCUGUGCACUGGAAGGCUAAUGUUGGUUGGUAUGAGACCCUUCUGGACAAGGGGAACAGCUGCUGUUUUUAAAAAAAUGCUUUUCUCUAGCACUUUUCAGUCGUUCUCUAGUCCUGUCCCAACCAAAGUCAAGAUUCUUUUCCACGUAGUUGGAAGCUUUUUCUUGGUCCCAUAGAACUGAAGCCUUUGGCCUAUUAGCUGUGAUACGGGUGCCACAUAUUUAUUCAGUGGUGCUGAAGCCUUGUGCAGUUCACUGUGUAUAUAAUGGGUUUUGUAAAACUUCUACCCCUCCCUAUUUAUUGUUUUUGUGUGUGUGUUUUGUGUGCUUUUGUACAUAUGUAUAAAGAAUCUAACAAGUUUUUUAUAAGCUUGAAGUGGGGAAAAAAAUAAACUUACGUGAUUUCUUCUUUUUUGUAAAAAAAUAAAAAGAAAGUGUUGUAUUCCUGCUUCCUUUUAAAGGUGGUAUAUGGGGGUUGUUUUGUGUUCCAUUAUGAAGUAGGCUGGGCUGAGACUGUCUU